AAGGCCUCCAAGCAAUCUCCAAAAGACCAUGUUUGUCUCCAUCAUUAACUUAUAACUACAAAUCACAACACACAAUCAAACCCGCAUCACAGAAUCACAACCAGAUUCUUUCCAUCUAAUCAGAGAACCCUAAGCAUGGUGAGACAAAGAAGGAAGUCAGAGAAAGAAGAAGAGAAGCGAGAACAAGAAGAUGGAGAACAAGAAGAUCAGAAGGUGCAGCCAAGGCAAAGAAGCGUGAGCAGAAGAAACAUGCAAUCUCUGGUGAUCGGGCUCGUUGGAGGUGCGUUGACUCUCGGUGCUUAUUCUCAGGCCUAUGUUUCUCCGGGCACAUCUAUCGGCGCUGGUCUCUUUGUCCUCUUCUUUGGCUUGCUUGUCAGCGAAGGUUUUAUCUCUCUUUGAGAAAAAUGUUUCCAUAUAAGUAAUUUUAAACUAUGCUUUUGGUUGAUGUAUGUUACAAAUAUACCUAUCUAUAUGAGCAUCUUGUUUAAAAUUUUGUUUUAUUUGAAAAUUGCUGGGACUCUUGAAUUAAUCUGAUCCAGUCCUCGUUGUUUCUACGGAUUAGUUUUCUGUGUUUUGAUCUAUAUAUCUUCAUACACUAAGUUAUUACUGAUAAUUAGUCGCGCAAAAAAUAUUUGAGGCAAAUGCUGCAAUAAAU